AAGUAAGCUAGUAAAUUAAAUCAGAUGAUAUAUUUGUAUGUAUCGAUUUUUCAUUGAAAUCACGUUAAUACCAUCUAUCUAUCUACCUUCAAAGGUGAUAAUAACUAAUAAUUAUCUAAGAAGACAAAAUUGUACAAGAUGAAUGAAAAAUCAAAUCAAACUGAUCCAAAGCUUACAUCUGAAAUUUUACCAGAAAAUAUAAUAACCCCUCAAAUUAUUGAACAACAUUGUAAACUUCAUGCAUGUCCACCAAAUUAUUCACCAUGGUUUACUCCUGCUUGUAAUGAAAGAGUUAAAUGUACAUGUGGGGUUGGAAAAAGGAUAAAAACUCGUUGUAAACCUGUUACACGAUGUUAAUUCACCGAAUAUAUAGUGUUAAAAAGGACUGGAUUCAUUAUCUAUAUUUACCUUUCAUUUGUAAUUUAUUUAUUUAUUUAUUUUUCUUUAAAAGACCGUUUAAAUACUACUGAUAUCUACUUAAUUUCCCUUCAUGUACGUGUUUGUUUAAUAAAAAUAAUAAAUGAUUGAUGAUACUGACGCAUUUCUGCACUUUGGUGAAUAGUUUUCAG